GAGACUUACCCAGAAAGACACACAGGUUUAAUCACUCUUAGAGACUUACCCAGAAAGACACACAGGUGUAAUCACUCUUAGAGACUUACCCAGGAAGACACACAGGUGUAAUCACUCUUAGAGACGUAGCCAGGAAGACACACAGGUGUAAUCACUGCCAGAAGUGAUUUAUAACAUGUAUUGACUCAGAGGGUUGAAUACAUAUAUCUAAUCAAUAUAUAUUAGUGUUUUCUUUUCCAUAUUAUUUUUUAAAAUAAAUGUUAUAAUUUUUCUUCCACUUUGACAUUAAGAGUAUUUUGUGUAGAUAGUUGACAAAAAAAAUUAAAUAAUUCACAAUUAAAAUCCAUUUUAAUCCCACUUGGUCUCAAAACAAAAUGUGGAGAAAGUCUAGGGGUGUUAAUUCCAUGCUGAAGGCACUGUAUGCUAUAUGCCAUUAGGUCCUAUACGUAUAUACAAGGUUAUAUAUAGGGCUCUGAUCACAAUGGUUCCUUAUUGUGUUCAGAUCUGCAGACGUUGUUUAAAUGAUUAAUUACUGUAGUAGAUUAAAACCCCUGCAUCUUUAUUUACCUAGCCUAUACGUUAUACUUUAGCUAUUAUUAAAAAAAAAAAAAAACAUUUCAAUAAAUAAACAGUUAUUUAAAAACAAAUAAAAAAAAUAUGCUAAAAAGUUCUUCAACCAACCCUGAUGUGUGUCAAACCGCCAAUGUGGUUUCCUUGACGAUCAAACACAGUUACUAUCCGUUUCAACUCAACUGUCUGCAUGGUUCCACCAUUUUUAAACGGUGCGUAUUUAUGAUGCAUGUUGUCCCCUCCCCCACGCCACGCCCCCCCCCACCCCCCCCAUCCUGAUAUAGAGAACUGAGGCCGCUGGCUUGUCCUAAUACACAGGUUAACAGUGAGUCAAUGCGUUACCAAGCUGGUAUAACUGUUAUAGUCACCAUUCAAAUGAUCUACUCUUAACUCUUAACCUUUUUUUUUUUUAAAUGUAUUGUGAUAUUGAAUUUAAAUCAACAACAACAACAACAAACUAGACUACAUGUAUCUUUGAAUAUGGUUAAAUAAUCCUGGUGUUCUACUCCUUUACUGUGCUCUGUUGCCGUUUUCUGCUACAUGAUAUAUAUUCUGAUAUUAGUAACACAUCUCUCUGGACUCUCUUGGAACUAUAUUCUCUAUGUGAUGCACUACUUUGGAAAGCUGGGAGAUUCAGCGUCACCUUUAAAAAAAAAAAAACAUUUUUAAAAAAAAGUUCGAACUUUAAAAAAAAAAUAUAUAUAUAUAUAUAUUUUUUAACAAGUUGACUUUUACUGUUCUCUGUUGCCAGGGGGACGGAGAGUUGUGAUUUGGGUCUGGUGGAGCCUCUGGAAAGUAGUGUUCCUAAGGGCCCGGGUCAAAGGUAAUGCAAUGCAUAGGGAACAAGGUACCGUUUGAGACGCAAGCAUAUAGAAUAAAAACCAUGUUUAUAAAAAAAAAGCUUUUGAUUUGAACAAGCCCCUUUUAUGUAGCUGAGAUGUGUGUUGCCUCAGAGAGACUUUAGCAUCAAGUACAUUUGGAUGUUUACUUUUUAGUGUUUAACUCAAGACUUAUUGUACUUCUGUUACCAGAAUCAUUAAUAACUACUUUUUCCAUGUAAUUCUCCUGAAGCUUUCGUCCCACUUUUAGUGAACAGAGAAACGGUGUACCCCCCCCCCCCCUGCAAGAGCUAUAUAGGAUAUCAGUAUGUAAGAGCUAUAUAGGAUACCUUGACGUAAGUUGACACGUUUUCUGCCUAACUCAUAUGGGUUGUAAAAGAAUGAACUACAGUUGUGUUGGAGAUUGUUGAUGAUUGAUUGAGUGUGGUGUAUUUGAAGGCAAUUGAAUGCAACUUACAAAGCUUAAUAAAAUUAUAUUAUUUUAGUAUAAUUUGCUUUUUUAUUAUCAGUUUGUGGCUAAUAUCUGUUUAUUUUAUUUUUGUAUCGAUCUUUUACAUUUUUCACAAAGUGUAACAAAAAUGGACAAUUGACAUUAUGAUACUACAAUUCAACUAUACACCACAGUAAUUCUGUUAUGGCUAUCAACGUUAGGGAUUGACCCUGACCUGUGUAGCAGAUUCAUUUAUAGUAAUACCAUGUAUCAAUGUCAUUUAAAUGUACAGUAGCUAUUCAAAUCAAUCCACUGUAGCUAAUUCAGUCAGAGAAACAAUCGGAUGACUGUAAUUAGUCUGUAAUGGUCUAAGGAAAAAGUCAAUUACACUUCAAACCACUAAUUAUAAUUUCAGUCUCUACCCUGUUUGAUCUCAUAGUGUGUUUUAGUCCAAGAUGUACUCUUAAGGAGCCUGACAUUUUUCCUUAAGGUCCAAGGAUCUUGUAUGUUGUUUUCAGAGUUAGACUUGACUCUGACAGUCAAAUACUACAUCUCAACGUGAAUCGAUUAUCAAUUGCGGUACGGUUCUAGAAACAAAGCCCUUAACUUUCAUAUCACAUUAAAAUAAUUUCACAAGUGAAAAAUAUACACUUACUGCACUGUCUUAACCGGCUUUAUCACAGUUGCAGCGGACGCGUUUCUGGCGAGUUUCCGUUAUUACACACAGGUGAUAGUUAACGUUCAUUAGUACCGGUGGCCUCGAACUUCUGUCUGUCUUCAACUCGCUGUAACGUGGAGAUAUGGGCGCGCGGAAGCACAAACAGUAACCCUAUAAGUGCGUGUAUCAAUGAAUCUUUUUUUCUUCUUGCUGAUAUGAAAGAUCUGGUUUUUAUGCUUUGAAACCCGUACUGCAAGCGAUACGUGUUAAUGUUGAGACCGAGCUUCAGGGCGCUUAACAAAACUCCCCCGUGCAGAAUACGCCUUCAUCCGGUGACUCUUAUGUGGAAUGAAAGUCAUGAUUCAAGGACUGUGUGUGUCGAUACCACCUAAUGGAAAAUGUAUUUUACUUCAUUUUGAUCCAUCACUAUUAUUAGAUUUAAUAAAGUAAUACAUUCUGAAAUUGAUAAUUACAUUUUGAUAUUGCUUGUUUUUGUUGCAUGCAGCUCAGUAUGAAUAGGGAGAUAAACAGUUGAUGUGAUCUUUAUCUUUAUUAAAUCAUCUAUGUUAAUUAAAAUAGAUUGAUAUAAGACGAAAAUGUAGGUUAUAUAUGGAUGCAUUAUAAUCAUGAUAACGGUUGCCUCCAUCUCAUCUCCGUUAUGUCCCGCGGUGAUACGGACACAAAUCUGUAUUUGAUCGAGCAGGUUAACGUCGGUCAAUUUCUCUACCGACAACCGUACGAACGCUUAACGAUUUGGAACGUCCCGGGAUCCCCGCUGAAACAACUGCACCGUUGGAGAGAUUCAUUCAUCUGAUGCGAGCCAGCGAAGACCAAAUUGACGGUUUUCCACGCUGACGUAACAGAUAUUACAAUGCAACAAGAAUAGAUUUCGUCUUGGUUUCUGAGCGGUUCAAUACUGUACAGCGACCAGGGAGGGGGGGCAGGAAAACAAUGAUGCACUUCAGGAACAUUAUCGACCUCGGCGCUACAUCAUCAACACGAUAACCACCUCAAUGCAACAUCAGUGGAUUUGGGGAUUUAAUUUCAUGUCCAGCGGAACGGACUAGUUGCUGCUUGUGGAAGAUCUUCAUAUUGUAUUUUGUUUGCAGGAGAGUUGCUGCUGCCCGGUGUCUCUGCUGCCCGGUGUCCCCCUCCUAUCCAAAACGUUGUUGUGAAUGAUCAAACAUGGCGACUGUACCAGUAUAUUGCAUCUGCAGAUUACCGUACGACGUUACUCAGUUUAUGAUCGAGUGUGACGCCUGCAAGGACUGGUUUCACGGAAGCUGUGUUGGUGUGGAUGAGGACGAGGCUCCAGACAUUGACAUCUACCACUGUCCCAACUGUGAGAAGACAGAUGGAAAAUCCACCAUGAAAAACAAGAAAAGAAAUAAACACGACACGGGACAGAGAGGAGACAUCAAAGCUGUUCAGAACGGCAGUCAGGUGUUCAUCAAGGAGCUACGCAGUCGCACCUUCCCCAGCUCUGAGGACAUUGUGGUGAAGCUGACCAGCAGUCAGCUGACGAUGGACUACCUGGAAGAGGUUGGUUUUAACGAGCCGAUCCUGGUUCUGAAGAAGGACGGUCUGGGGAUGUCCAUGCCCGCUCCUACCUUCUACAUCAAUGAUGUGGAGAACCAUGUUGGGCCAGACAUCGGUGUGGAUGUGAUAGAUGUGACCAAGCAGAAAGACAGUAAAAUGAAGCUGAAGGACUUUGUAGAUUACUACUACAGCACCAGCAGGAAGAAAGUAUUAAAUGUUAUUAACCUGGAGUUCUCUGACACACGGAUGGACAGUAUAGUGGAGAGCCCUCAGAUUGUGCGGAGGUUGUCGUGGGUAGAGAACUACUGGCCAGACGAUGCUCUCCUGGGGAAACCUAAAGUCACUAAGUACUGUCUGAUCGGUGUUAAAGACAGCUACACUGACUUCCACAUCGAGUGUGGAGGGGCCUCCGUAUGGUACCACGUACUCAAGGGAGAGAAGAUCUUCUUCCUGAUCAAGCCCACGUCAGCCAACCUAUCGCUGUACGAGCGCUGGAGGUCCUCAGCCAAUCACACUGAGAUGUUUUUCGCCGACCAGGUGGACAAGUGUUACAAGUGCACUCUGAAGCAGGGACAGACGCUAUUCAUACCAUCAGGUUGGAUCAAUGCAGUUCUGACUCCAGUGGACACGCUGGCGUUUUCCGGACACUUUGUCCACAACCUGAGUGUUGAGAUGCAGAUGAGAGCGUACGAGGUGGAGAAGCGUCUCAACGUGAAUUGUCUGACUCCGUUCCCCAACUUUGAGACUGCCUGCUGGUACGUGGGCCGACACCUGCUGGAGAGAUUUAAAGGUUUACACAAGGCCAACAGACAGCCUGCUGCCUACCUGAUCCAUGGAGCUAAGAUCAUCAACGGAGCUUUCAGGGCCUGGACUAAGAAACAGGCUCUGUUAGAACACGAGGAUGAGCUUCCAGAAAACAUGAAGCCCACUCAGCUCAUCAAGGACCUGGCCAAGGAGAUCAGGAUCUCAGAGAAUGCGGCUAAAGCCAUUAAGAGUGAUUCGAGUAGCAAGGCUCCUGUGGAGGAACCCCCUGCUGCCCCAUUAGAGCCUGAGGACCCUGCUUCCCCCUCCAGCCACCCCUCCCCGUCCCCGUCCCCUCCUCCUCGGGACAAACCAGCCAGGAAGAAGGCCUCCAAGCCACCAAAACCUCCCAAGGUCCCCAAACCUCCCAAGGUCCCCAAAGCGAAGGAGGGAGGGAAGAAGAAAGGGAAGAAAGAGAAGGAGGUCCCUGCUCCUCCUCCUCCUCCUCCGUCGAAGCCCUCCAGCCUGGCAGCUCUGGAGUCUCACGCCAAGGACAUCCUCAGCAAGAUGGACCAGCCCAAGAAAGGAAAGAUGGGGGGCAAGGCGACUAAGAAUGUCCUGAGCAUGUCGGAAAAGGACACCUGUAAGCAGAACGACCUGGAGAAGUUUGAGAUCCGAGAACAGAACAAGAAACAGACGGAAGCCAAGUGGAAAUAUAAGAACAGCAAACCAGAUUCCUUACUGAAGAUGGAAACUGAAGAGCACAAGUUUGAGAGAACGCCACUAUCAGGCAACAAAGACAAGUUUUCAUUCUCAUUGACACACAAGAAGUUACUAGGUUCUAAGCUGAAGCCCCAGACCAACUCCAGUGUGUUCAGCUCGUUACAAAACCUAAAGGAGGACAAGACCAAGCCGGUGAGAGACGAGUACGAGUACGUGUCAGACGAAGGAGAGCUGAAGAUUGAUGAGUUCCCCAUCAGGAGGAAAAAGAACGCCGUCAAGAGGGACUUAUCCUUCCUGUCAAACAUGAAAGACCCAAUCCACCCAUCCAAGAAGCCAAAGCUCCUCCCCUCUGCUGUCAAGAAGGCUGACUCGUCAGAUGAGGAGUCGCUCCACAUCGACACAGAGGUCAAGCCUGAGGUGAAAGGUCGUAACUCGAAGGUGAAAAAGAAGACGGGCAUCCUGGACCUUCUCCAAGCCAGCAAGGCAGUGGGCGUCGACUACAACGCAAACAGUCAGCCACCUGCAUCUCCCAGCACACAGGAGGCCAUUCAGGGGAUGUUGUCUAUGGCCAACCUGUCCUCCGGAGCUACCGCUGGGGCAGCAGCCAUCUCCUCUGAUACCCCUGGAGGAGGAGGUGGUUCCUGGGGCAGGAACCAUGCCAACACCACCAUGGCUGGACGGAAGGGAGGAACACGAGGAGGAAAAGGAGGAGAUGGGAACAGUAAGCGGCCAGCCAAACCCAAGAAAACAAAGAACAGCAGCAUCGACAGCAUCGAGUUUGAUGACGACCAUGAUCACAUGGACGCCUGCUUCAAGGACUCAGACUAUGUUUACCCAUCUCUGGAGUCUGAAGAGGAUAACCCUGUCUUCAAAUCCAGAUCCAAGAAGAGGAAAGGUUCAGACACUCCAUACAGCCCCACAGCGCGUGUCGGUCCCUCUGUGCUUCGUCAGGCGAGGCCGGCCAGAGAAGGAGCGCGAGUGGCGUCCAUAGAGACAGGACUGGCAGCUGCUGCAGCCAAACUCACACACCAGAAGGAGCAGCAGAAGACCAAGAAAAAGCAGAAGAGCACAAAAAAGAAUCCCCCUGCUGCUUUGAGAGAGGAGGAGGAAGAGGAGGAGCCAGUGAGGAAGUUGAGUAGGGACAGCAGUUCUCCAGAACCAGACGCGGGCCGGGACUCCGAGCCUGGUCAGACCGACCAUGAAUACUCCUCUGGGGCAGGAGGGAAGCAGGCUGGGGGGCCCCAACCCAUGGCCCCUGGAGUCUUCCUUACACAGAGACGACCCUCUACCUUUUCAUCAUCUCAAAACAAUAACAACAACAGCACAGCCAAGGGGGAGCGAGGAGCAGCAGGAGGAGCAGGUGGAGCAGGGAAGGGUGAUGCAAAGGGCGAAGCGAAGCGGCUAAAGAAAGGCAUGGCGACGGCCAAACAGAGACUAGGAAAGAUCCUGAAGAUCCACCGCAACGGGAAGCUCCUCCUGUAACAGGAAGUGACUGGCUACGGAGCAUUGCCAUUGGCUCCUGCAGUACUCUUAGCAUAUGAACAGGCUCCGUCUCCUUUCCUUUGAUUGGUGCUGGGCUAACAGACAAGACUGAAACAGUCGACAUUGGUUUUGCCUAUACUUAAAAGUGUACAGAAUAAUUGCUAGAAAUAUUUUUUAAGAAAAAUGUGUCAUUUUACUACAGUCAGUUUAUCAGGGGGUCGCUAUGCUAUGCGUUAAUCUAGGGUUGCUGCACAAACGGCAGCCUAUUCCCUUUCUAGUGCACUACUUUAGACCAGGGCCCUAUUCCCUUUCUAGUGCCCUGGUCAAAAGUAGUGCGCUACAAAGGGAAUAGGCUGCCGUUUGGGAUGCGACCAAGAAGUUCAUCCAGGACCCUGAAAGUAUCCCGUCCAUGUAUUCAGUUGGAUGGGUUAAAGAUAGUUUAUAGAGAAUUCAUUCCUACUAUUUCCAUGGGGGUUAUCAUUAACCUUGCAAUAUUUGUUUUAGAAUUUAGGAAAUAAGUGUUGCUUUCUGUCUUCCCCAGACCAGACUUAGCCUGAAAUACAGGCUGUUUGUGCUAACGUUCCACCCCCAGACAUGUUAGGCGACAAAGAGUGGAAUGUUAGCACAGACUGCACAGACACGCUAAACCCAGACCUUCACUAGAUACACUCACCUCCACGCUAUUCCUUUUUUUUUUUUGCUAAGCACUAUCAGUUACGAUAUAUUUAUUGUCCUAAUAUACUGUUUCAUGUCAUAGAUGUGGAAAGGAAAGCCAAAACAAGGCACUUAAUAAAACAACUUGCGAAGGGAAUUUCGCAUGUCAGAUAUGUCAAUAUGAUGAUGGUUCAACUGGAUUUCUCUGGUCGUUCUCUGAACGGUAAAAGAAACACAAUAAGGAAUGAUGUCUUUCUUUGAACUAAUGUUUUCACACCCAAACAAACAUAUCAACAUUAUUUCACAAUGUGCCAUUACUUCCGUUUCAAGACUGUCUUAAGAUAGAUAUUGUGAUUAUAGACCGUAUGAAUUAGCUACUUUAAAGACUAAAUUAGUACAAACAGUAUAUUACCACAGCUGACAAUCACACAGUAAAUGAUCCUUAAAGGGAUAUAAUGUGAUAUUAUUGUCAUGCAUUAUUUAAUAAGGAUUUAUUUGGUAUUUCCAUAUCAAUAUUCCAUAAUCUAACAUUGACUGUAUUGCCAGUCAAUUGAAACUCUCUAUCCCAAAUAGCACCCUAUUCCCUUUAUAGUGCACUACUUUAGACCAGGGCCCUAUUCCCUAUAUAGUGCACUACUUUAGACCAGGGCCCUAUUCCCUAUAUAGUACACUACUUUAGACCAGGGCCCUAUUCCCUAUGUCGUGGCCAACUUUAGACCAGAGCCCUAUUCCCUAUAUAGUACACUACUUUAGACCAGGGCCCAUAUCUAGCUCUCUAAAGGAGGAUCGUUAUUGAAACACUAAUCAUGGGCUCCUGAAGAUGCUGUAAAUCCCAUGUGUUCUAUGUAGAUAGGCCUCAUCCAGCUCUUUCACUGUGGCUACAUGGGGAUACUUUCACUCCUCUGUUUGCUGUAAGGCAGCACCAUAACCUACACCUCUGAAAUAUGCAUCAUUUCUAUGGCUUGUUAUUCACAGUACAGUAUGUAGAAUGUAGCUUGUACAAAGCCUUUUACAGGAAUGCUUUUUGUAUUCUUUUUGUUCUCCCUUAAUACUUCAUUAUUAUACAUUUCUACUAGUUUUUUAUUAUAAACAAAAUAUAUGUGAAUAUAUAGACAUUAGUCUUUUUGAUUUGAUUAGACCAAUGUUUGUUUUAUGUUUGUUUUUAACAUUGUUUAUUUGUUAUUAGACUAAGGUGUUGCCUGGAAAACAACUGAAGAAAAAAAUAACAUGAAUUGUUGAAUGGCCUUACAUUACUACAUACACACCAUUACAUAACUACAUACACACCAUUACAUUACUACAUACACACCAUUACAUUACUACAUACACACCAUUACAUUACUACAUACACACCAUUACAUUACUACAU